UUUUGCGGCGAAGACGAAGGAAGCAAAAUGGGAGCUUCGAUAAUGUCCUCUCGCCCUCACCUGAUCCACUCUCUUCUUCUCCGGUCAGUUCCCUUCUCCUCCUCCUCCUCCACCACCGCCGCUGCCCUCUCCACCGGUUGCUUCCGUCAAUUCAGACCAAACAGUUCAAUCUUCCUCAUUCGUCGAUCUCCUCAUCGAUUCCGGGAUUUCGCUCCCUCCGCAUCCGUUUCCGUCGCUCAAUCCUUUUCCUCCGCCCUUUCUUGUCCCUCUGAGGUCGAAUUCAAUGAGGAGGACGAUGAAAUUGANCGACAGUGAUUACGAAGGUGAAGUUCGAAUCGUGGAUUUCGAACUUGAGGAGGAGAGCAUUGGGGGUGAAUCGCAAGCUGAUGCAGUUUCGCAGUUGUCUUCGUCGGUGGUGAAUGGAAGUGAAGUGAAGAAUCUUCCGAGCUUGACGGUUAAGGAGAAGAAAGAGUUAGCGUCAUACGCUCAUAGCCUCGGGAAGAAGCUGAAAACUCAGUUGGUGGGCAAGUCUGGCGUUACUCCUGGCUUGGCUAUUUCUUUCGUCGAGACGCUUGAAGCCAACGAGCUUCUCAAGAUCAAAAUUCUCAGGAACUGUCCAGUGGAGCUGGAUGAUGCGGUGAGGCAAUUGGAGGAAUCAACUGGCUCUGUGGUGGUCAGUCAAAUUGGCAGAACUGUUAUUAUUUACAGGCCCAGCAUCUCAAAAAUGAAAGCCGAGGAGAAAAAAAGGCAAGCACGGAAAAUUUACGUGAGAAAAGAACCCGAUCGGGUGAAAUCCAUUCUACAGAAUAAAGUACAAACACCCGGGAUCUCUAACUCCAACCGCGGUCGUCGUGGAAGCAGCAGGUUUUGAUUUCAACUAGGAUUCACAUCUAGCAGGUUUUAUGGUGGAGGAAAACAAGAUUUUGAAUUCCCAUCCCAUGUAAGUUUUGUCAUACCAUUCUAAAUCUUUGUAGUUUUCAUUUAGUUCAUUAACUUUGAAAUUUUACUCUGUUUCCACUUCACUGGUUUAGAGUUCAAACAAGAUUGUAUUGUUUGUGUGAGUUAGUAGGAGAAGUUCAAAUU